UUCCCAAAAUUGUCAUACCUGAGUAACUUCUGUCGUCAAACAUCACUCCUGCUUCGCCCUUCCACAAAUUGAAAGUGGUCGUUUUAUUCCAAAAUUGGUACAUCACGGCUGUAGGAGCUCUGAGUAGACUAACCAUGAUAUGCAGAAUUCAUUUCUGGUAUUUAUUUUAAAAUCCAACUACUUCCCACUCGAAUAUUUGCCCAGUAAUUUAUCGACUUAAAUUUUGACCCAGCCAUUUUCGCAAAAACAACAAAUUGCUCCAUUUUCGCGCAAAGCAUGACGGUAUUUUUGAGCGCCAAUUACUCGAUAUUCUAAAAAAUCUCCUCUUAAUUUUACUUCCGGUCGACGUCCGUGUUGUAAAAAACGUCACUUGCUUAAGCUCACUAACAAGCGGCUAAAAAUGCCUCUUGACCGGUCACUUUUUUACCUCACCGAUCAUUUUGACCGGCCACAUUUUCAUGCCUUCUGAUGUGAUUCUGACGUCUUGAAUUAAAACAUGAAACUAUGAUGUAUCGAAACAAGUUUCUGAUAGUUUGUUUCACUGUUAGUGUAAGCGAAUCAAUGACUGGUCAAAAACAGAUUUUGACCGAGCUAAAAUCAAGUUGACCGGUCAUUUUGACCGGAGACCUAUCUCCCGUUAUUUUGAGCCUCAAUUGACUUUGUUAAGCUGUUCUUCGCGCGUGAAGUAUAUAUGAUUACCAGUUUAGUAAUUAUCAUGCUUUUACUUUAUUUUCUGCAGGAGAAUAAAUACAAGGAAGCAAUUGGAUUUUAUGAACCUAUCGUCAAGAAACAUUACGAUAAUGUAAGAAAGAUUGGAAUUAAACCAGAUGAGAGUGCAUGAAAGUUGACAGUCACGAGACCUUCGUUAGCUGUUCUUAAUGCUUUCCCAACACUAUCAUGUAUUCCUUUUUUUUGUUAAAACAUAGCUGGAACACGCAUCAUAACUUUAUUUUGUUAAUCUAUGCUAUCAACUCUCAUCCACGUUUGACCAAGCCUGGUUACCAGGGCUUUAUAUAUUGCUUUUCUAUAGGGUGUACAUUUGGGUUCACCACCGUUACUUUAUAUUAAUGUUCUCUUGCUUUUGUUAGAUACUCACUGUCAGCGCAAUCGUACUGGCCAAUCUGUGUGUCUCGUACAUAAUGACAAGUUGCAAUGAAGAGGUUGGUAUUUGCCUUUGGUAACAACCAUCUCAACUGACAGCCAAUGCUUUUUAUGUAAAAUCUCUACAUUUAUAUAUAUUUCAAGCUCAAAGCCCUCCAUCCGUAAGCGUGGAUUUCAUUGGUAAAAGUAAUGGAAAAAACACGGACAUUUUAAGACUCCGCCCUCCCCUAUACUGGUUGCCGAAGUAACAUGUUUUGAAGACUUGCUGUAAUAUAUUCUAUUGAUCGGUUUUAGGCUGAAGAACUGAUGAGAAAGAUUGAAAAAGAGGAGGUCGGUAUUACAUGUUCAUGCAACUUUUGAAAUGCAAUUCACUGAUGUAUGCAGUGACAGUUUCCUCUAUAGUAUCACUGUACUUACAAGAUCCUCUGCAUCCAAUUAUAUCCUUCCAAUUUCUUUACAGGAACAAGUUGCUUAUGACGAUCCAGACAAAAAGAUCUAUCAUCUUUGUAUUGUUAAUCUUGUUAUUGGGUAAGUCUGAAAUUUAAACAUGGUGUCGAACACUUCACUCUCGUGCAGCAGAUGGUGGUCAACUUGCAGUUACCAGAGUGAGAAAAUAAUGUUCAUUCUUUUCAUCAUAUGUAGUAGUCUUGUAUUUGGAGGCAAACAAAUAGAAUUGGGAGCUGUAGUUUAACCCACUGAAAGUCAACCUCGAACCCAGGCUUUCAUUCUGUGCACCUUUUCAAGCGAGAAGAGGAGCGCAGAAUGAAAGCCUGGGUUCGAGGUUGACUGAGAGCCAGCGCUCUCCCAAUCGUUUGGUAGUAGGGCGCAUUUGGGCGCAAUGUAACUUCAUGGGUUAAGAUGUAGCUUAAUUUCCUUGCUUCUUUAGUGUCAACAGUUCUGACCACCGCACCGACCGGCUGUCCUGUGUAAUCGGUCAUAAGAAUACGAGUGUUUCAGAAACCAUCAAGUUUAUUUUGUAUUAUUAUUUCAGGACUCUCUACUGUGCCAAGGGAAACUACGAAUUUGGAAUGUCAAGAAUUAUCAAGAGCGUCGAACCAUACAACAAAAAGGUAUUACCCUAAUGUAUAUCUUACUACAUUUAAAUGUUUAAUAUUUAUUCAUUAUUUUAUUCGCACUUAGCUUGGGACAGACACCUGGUACUACGCCAAAAGAUGUUUUAUAAGUCUCCUUGAGAACAUGGCUAAACACAUGAUCAUGCUACGAGACAGCAUCACAGAAGAAAUCAUCCAAUUUCUGGAGCAUUGUGAAGGUAGGAGCAAGGAUGGGGGGGGGGGGGUUAGUGCCCUGCCCUUUACUGCUACUAGAGAGUUUCAGACUACCGCUACCUCGCAUUGGCUUAAUGCUCAUCCGAUUGGUUAAUUGGGUAGAUGAAACGCAUCUGAUUGGUUAAUACUAAUGGUAAUCAAAUCUGAACAUCUCUGAGUGGCAACCCUACCCUGACUUUGUUUGUUUAUUUGUUUAUUUAACUUUGCCAACUAGGGCAGGGUCACCACAACAGCAUAUGCCAAUUACUGUGGGCCCUUACUUAUCCCACCCUGUCAACUUUCCCUGUGGGAGGAAACCGGAGUACCCGGGGAAAACACACGACGGCACGACUUUCGACAGAGCGUUGACUUUUACUCUUUUCACACGAGGACUGGGUUCGAGUCGCAUUGAGAAAGUUCUCACUGAGAUUUGAACCUCAGAGGUGAAAGGCAAGUGCGCUAACCACUUUGCCACCGAAGCUCCAUACUUUUGAGUAGAGUUGUGGUUGGGUAUCUUCUAUUGCUUCGAGGGAUUUUUUCCAGGUACACCGAGUUGUGUCCUUUGCAAUUUAGCAUUUACGCCUUAGCUGCUAUAAAGGGGAUGAUUAGCACCAACCUUACUUUACUGUAAAAUGGAUCUAAUUGUAUUUUUCUAGUGUAUGGUCGUAACAUACCGGCGUUGGUUGAACAGCCGCUGGAGGAGGAGAAGCUACAUCCGGGCAGAAAUACCGUGACAUACGAAGCUCGACUGUUGAAGAGUUUAUUCCUGAAAUUGAAAUAAUUUUCUGUAAACAUUCGUCUUAUCAUGCAACUAUUUCAUAUUCUUUGCCAGUCAAAUCAUUGAAGGACAAAGCUUUCCUAACUGUGGGUUUCAAUAAGAAGUGUCUUAUAUAAUGGUGCUACACACUUUGAAUGUUUGCAACCAUUACUGUGAAUACGUUUUGUAAAUAACUCAUUAAAUAUCAUUAAAUUAUCAGAAGAUAAGUAUUCAGUAAUCUGUUUAUGAAUUCAUUGUUUGUCGAUCAGG